AUGAGCUUCACACAGCAGGUCAUAGCCCACUUGCCUCUGGAGCCUAUGCAGAAGGCUGGUGGGUUUCUGAGAGAAACCUUCUUCUGCAAAGUGAUCGAGGACAAGCUGUGCUUACCCUGCCUUAAUUCUAAGGAGCACAAAAGUCACCUAGACUUUUCCAUUGAUUGGACUGCUGAGAAACACCAGCAAAAGCUUCCAGAACAAAUGAGGUCUCUUUGGAGAAAAAAGCAAGAAAAUCAGAGACAUCUUAAGAGAGAAAUCGGAAUAAUCAAAUCUUGGAAGGAGUUUGUAAAUCUAAGGAUGAAGACAGUGGAUGCCGAAUAUCAAAACGUGGUGCUCUUUCGAGACAAGGAAAAGGUUUUGAAAAGAUUAGAAAAGGAAAGCAAAGAGAAAUUACAGCUACUGAAGCACAGGAUAAACAGCAUGAUUCUAAAAGAUAAAUUCCUCUGGAAAAUGUAUAAAGAGCUGGAAGUGAUGUACCGUAAACCAGACAUGGUACAGAUCCAGCAUUUUGAAAAUCUGACAAGCAGCCAGUUAUUGCAGCAGCCCCAGCCUCUGAACCCAGUGAUCAGUUCGAUGCCCAUUGAUGGACUGAUAAACAGGUUCUAUGACCAAUUAUCUGUGUCCUUGGAUAAUAAAAAAAUGACUAGCCAUGUUCCCAUCUUUGAAGAUCUGAAAUGUCUCUUCAGUCAUAAUCAACUCAUAGUGACACACAAUCCAGCAAGAUCUAACUGUCUUCUUGAGUGGGGAUCUCAGACUCUCACCUCUGGAAAAACUUACUGA